CGCACUCGCGCGUCAGCCUCCGCCGCGACCGCACGCUAUGGCGCCCUAGACGCGCUCCGGUAGUGAUAGUACUGUGACAUCGCACGCCGCACGCCGACGAACACAUGAGCCGGUCAAAAGGCAACAUGGCGUCGCUCCAAAGAAUAUUACUGGUAGCCGCUCUUCAUCUGGCAAUAUGCACAGCUGGUCCCGUGGGCCCGCUCCCGAAUGUGACGAGUAGUGAUUUAGGACUUGCAGAAGGUAGCUGCUCAGUGGGCGCUACGACAUACGCCCCGGGCGCGACGGUCCCGGGUUCGGGUCCGUGCGAACGCUGCUCGUGCGCUGGUGGAGAGGUGCGGUGCGCCCGUGACCGCUGCGACCCGCGACCCGGCUGCAAGGCGCUGCACCGACCCGAUCAGUGCUGCCCAACGUACCAGUGCGACUGCGAACAGGACGGGCGGGUAUACGCGAACGGGGAGAAGCUCGUGGACCCGGCGGACCCGUGCCGCGUGUGCUACUGCCAGGGCGGCGAGGUGGUCUGCCGCCGCAUCGCCUGCUUCCUGCGCGACGACUGCCGCCCGCGCCUCGUGCCCGGCCGCUGCUGCCCCGAGUACGACAACUGCCCGCUCAGAGGUGUAACGUCGCUGCCAGGCGUAUCUUCGCCCAUCCCGAGUGUUUCUUCUAUUGAGGAAACCAGCGUCAACUCUGCGCCCGCGCCGCUGAAGGAGCCCAUCAAGCAGGAGAUAACGAUCAAAGAAAUAACGCCGGUCUCGGAAAUUCCGAUCAAAACGGACGUUAAAAUUAAGGAAAUAAUCUCCCCAUCCGAUACCGAAGCCGUCGAAUACUCGUCAUCAAAGUCACCUCUCAUUCCACGAGAGGCCACUUCUGAACAAGCCGCGAAUGCGGAUGUGUCCUCUGGAAUCCCCGAUGCCAAAGUCUCGUCGCCUCUCGACUUGGCUGCGACAGAUCUGUCGACGAUGUCCAUCGUGAGUCCCAGCGUGGCCAACACUGAAGCCGAAGACAAGUCUAAAAUUAUUUUGCCUCCCAGGGAAAAUAGUGCCAGUGAUGUUUAUGCGUCCAAAGUACCCAACAUUAUCCCUCUGAUGGGAGUUCCGGUGACAUCACCUACUCCCGUCACUACUAGAGCACCGAUAAUAGAGGAGGAGGAGGCACCAUUAGACAAUCCGGCCUUUCCACCCAUACCGGAUGAUCUCUCAGUGAUGGGAAAUCACGAGGACGAUCAAAAUAUUGAAAAUGAACAACCCAGUGACCACGAUGUCGUAAGCGCUACGAGUAAACCAGUGACCACCCCCGCACCGGAGUAUAAAGACACUGCAACGACCUCUUCAUCGAGUAUUGUAGGGAUUGAUUCGUCAGCGACUGAACGUUCUAUUGAAAGUACAUCCGACACUAUCAAAGAUAUUCUAGUGAGCACACAAUCCGCGGCCUCGAGUGAAAGCACGAUGCUGGAUUUGAGAUCUGUUAUUCCGAAAGAAAUCUUGGAUGUCCCUUCCCUAAUAUCGAAUGAAAGCACGGGAGAGCUUUUAGAUGCUACGGAAUCACCCAAAAAAGGUAUCUCCGAAGAAAGGAAUAAUUUUUCUGAGGCUUCGACUGAAAGCGAUAAAACUGGUAACAUAGAGGUAAAUAAAGAAUUAAGCACGUCCAUCUCGUCGAGUGAGGCUGCUACAACAGUGACAGAAAAAGUUGACGAUAGUACUGAAAAUGUCAAACAAUUUAAUUUGAAAGAUGAAGCAUUCAGCUCUACUGCAAAUCUCGGCGAAAUAACAUCGCAGACUGAAUUUAGCUCCAUCCCCAUAGAAACUAGCGACCAAAAUCCCCACGGAAUCGUCGAUAGGGACGAAUCGGAUAAAGUUUUUCUAUCUACGACUGUUUCGCCAGUAUUUCCAUCCUUACCAACCAAACAUACAUCGGAGUCCGAAGUUAUCACGUUAUUGGCAGAAGUUCCAGCAAUAAAGGACGAUAGGUCCUACGAAUAUGUGGAAACGACUGAAUUUAUCGUGUCGCCGUACUAUUCCGAGGAGAGCGCCACGGAAGCCGUGGAGCUCAUUAAAAUAUCUCCGAAUGCGCAGGAGUCGUCGUCUAUAAUAUUGCGACCUAAAGCAGCCGAGAAUAGCAACGUUUUAAACGAUUUAAUAAAUUUAGUCGGCGACGUGGCUUCCAUGCCGGACCACACGGAUAAUUCAGAAUAUCAGACAUUGGCACCCGCGGCUCUCAAUUCAAACUCCGAAGAACUAAUCCCAGUGAACGCCGGAUACAAGAGCAAGAAUAACAACUGGAAUUUGAAUUCGAUCACCGAGCAGCCGCACAAAAGUAAAAACUCCGGUGCCGUCAACAAACAGAGGGUUGUCGAAAUAGAGGACGAGGAGAGCGAUACCAUAACGGACUCACCCCCGCCCAACGACAAGGUGGAGCCGACCACCCGCCGACCCAUCAUCGACAACGUGUCGGACGAUGCCAAUAACAAAACGGACAAGUCGAACAAGAAAGAUAUCGAAAUUAUUACUCAAUCUUACGUGCCGACCAUCAACAAGCGUCCGACCAAAGUCAUCCUGCAGGAGGAAUCCGACGCUUCCGAAAAACCAGUCCCAAGCGGAGCUCCGGCGGAGGCACCGAGGCCCUCUGAAAUCUCAACGUCUCUAAAAACCACUCCCGCGCCCAAAGCGGUAGAGCGGUCCCCCGCCGUCACGGACGAGGUGUCGGACCGGACGACAGACGCUUCGAUAGCUUCCGAGUAAGUCGCCGGGGGAACAGUUUCGGAGAACCUCAUCUGUCGAGCAUUUCGUAGUACUACGUUUCAUUUUUGAAACUUUUACUAUCGUAGAGACUAUUAGGUUUAUAGAUACGUGGAGUCUUAUAAUUAAUGUCAAUUGACCCCCUCGGGGACACGUUAGGAGCCCUAGAGUAAGUAGGUGCCGGCGCGCUCGCCGGCUCGAAUUUAUAAGUUGUACUAGCUGGACAAAUUAUUUAUAAUAUUUAGGAUAUAGGCGCGACGUCGGCCCGCGGCCGGCAACGGAUGAGUAGCUUUUUGUGUUAGAUUAAGUUAUUUAUUUUAGUGAGAAAUUCGAGUAGACAAUCGAUAGGUAAGCAACCGAGCUAGUCAAGAUGUGACCGCGGUCGCCGCGCCACGUUGCCAUUUCUGCUAGCUGUCCCCCUCCCGCCGGCGCCUCGGCACGGGCGCGCCGGCGCGGGACGUGCCAAUGUGGUUGCGUUUUACCGAGCUGGGCGACUUCGCCGCCAGAUUUAUAUGUGGAGAGCCCAACUCCGGUAAAAUAUAACCCGAAAGUAAUUGUCGAUACUUUUCGUUUGAAUAUUGUAGUGUAAUACAUGACAUUUAAUCCUUCGUCGACGGACCUCCCGAACGUCCAGGCCGCCGCGCGCGACGUCGCCGGCGGUUGCCAGCAGUUCGUCUGACCCUCAGCCCGCUUCCACCGCAGAGGGCUCGAGUGUUAUAUAUUGUAGGAUGGUCGCCGGCCGGAGGCGCCGGGGCGGCGAGGGGGCUCCGGCCGGGCGCCGGGGCCGGGCUAGGUAUAGAAUGCUCCUUCUUGCUCCGGAAGACGAGGACUUUUCCCGGGCAACAAGCGCACGCUCACUUGUAUUUAAUUUGAAUCUAUUGUUUUUUACAAUAAAAAAUUUUAGACUGA